CCGCCGGGUGCCUGCUGGCCUCCCGCUCCCCUGCAUUUCUGACGCCUCCUCCAGCCGCACCCCCGCCUGGCCAUGAGCGACCUACAGGAAGAAGGCAGACAUGCCAUCGACUCGCCGAUGUCCCCUGCCUCGGUGGACGUCCACCCCGAAGACACCGUGCUAGAGGAGAAUGAGGAACGCACAAUGAUCGACCCCACGUCCAAGGAUGACCCCAAAUUCAAGGAGCUGGUCAAGGUUCUCAUCGACUGGGUCAACGACGUGCUGGUGGAGGAGAGGAUCAUCGUGAAGCAGCUAGAGGAGGACCUUUACGACGGCCAGGUGCUGCAGAAGCUCUUGGAAAAGCUGGCCGGCUGCAAGCUGAACGUGGCGGAGGUGACGCAGUCCGAGGUAGGGCAGAGGCAGAAGCUGCAGACGGUGCUGGAAGCUGUGCACGGCCUGCUGCGGCCCCACGGCUGGGCGCUCCAGUGGACCGUCGACUCCAUUCACGGGAAGAACCUCGUGGCCAUCCUUCACCUCCUCGUCGCCCUGGCCAUGCACUUCCGGGCCCCGAUCCGCCUUCCGGAGCACGUGUCCGUGCAGGUGGUGGUGGUGCGGAAGCGGGAAGGCAUGCUACAUUCCAGCCACAUCACGGAAGAGCUGACCACAACCACCGAGAUGAUGAUGGGUCGCUUUGAGCGGGACGCCUUCGACACCCUGUUCGACCACGCCCCGGACAAGCUCAGCGUGGUGAAGAAGUCUCUCAUCACAUUUGUGAACAAGCACUUGAACAAGCUGAAUUUGGAGGUGACCGAACUAGAGACCCAGUUCGCAGAUGGGGUCUACCUGGUGCUGCUCAUGGGCCUCCUGGAGGACUACUUUGUCCCCCUGUACAACUUCCACCUGACCCCAGACAGCUUCGACCAGAAGGUCCACAACGUGGCGUUUGCCUUUGAGCUGAUGCUGGACGGAGGCCUCAAGACCCCCAAGGCUCGCCCUGAAGAUGUGGUAAACCUGGAUCUCAAGUCCACACUGAGGGUCCUUUACAACCUGUUCACCAAGUAUAAGAACCUAGAGUGACCUCGGAGAGCAGCGGAAACCCCUGUGCAGGGCGGGGAGGCCCGCUGGCUUCCCCUCCGAGCCAGGGUUACCCCCGCCCCCACCCCCACUCCACCCGGCCUUUUCGGGUCGUUGCUCUCAAACUCCCUUGUGCAACUCCUGUAACUCUGCAGCGGGCAGGACCCUUGCGAAUCCGGGGUUCUGCGCCCCUGUCUCGUUUGUGGCUCCUCCAGUGCCCCGGUCGCACCCACACCCCCCAGCCCGUGGGAGGGGCACCCUGCGAUCCUCUGGACCCAGCGAGGAACCGCCCCGGGCGAUGAGAACAGAAUCAGUAGCUCUACCCGAGCCGAGACUCCGCUGGACCGUUCUGGGGGAAUCUCCAUGGAAGCCAGACCUUUUCCGUAAAAAGCAUUUUAUGGUUUUAAAAACUGCUUUUAAAGUCCCAGAAGCUUUCGAUGGAACAGGAGGGCCUGGGCCGUGGUCUGCUUCUUGACCGGUGUUCUUUCAUUCACUUUUUGCAUGAACAUCUAAGACCCAGAUGACCCGCUGCCGUGGUGUGGGAGGAAGGAUUUGCUGAGGCUAUUUCUGUAUUUCUUUUCUUCUUCUUCUUCUUCUUCUUUUUUUUUUUUUUUUUUGUGACAGCCAAAUGGGUUGUGUUAGGAGCUACACCUAAAAUGUUGCUCCAUCCAUCUCAGAGGCCCUGUUUGGGAAUAGAUGCGUUUUUCAAACUUCUAGAAAGGGGAGUCUAUCAGCUUGCCAGGGGCUUCUAGAACAAGGUGCCACAGGCAGGGGGCUUAGGCAGCAGAAGUGGGUGGUCUCCCAGCUCUGGAGGCCAGAAGUCCCAGCAUCACGGUGUUGGCUUACAGAUGGCCGUCCUCCCCCCUGUGUCCUCGUGUCGUCGUCCCUAUGAGUGUCUGCGUCCUGAUCUCUUACAAGGACACCAGUCAUAAUGGAUCAGGGCCCCCCCAUGUGACCUCAUGUUAACAUACGGACCUCUGUAGAGACCCCGUCUCCAAAUACAGUGGCAUUUUGAGGUACUCGGGGUGAGAGCUUCAACGUACGGACCCCAGGGGACACUGUUCAGCCCUUAAUGGGGGGAUAUGAAGUGCUCCUCCCCCUCCUCCCGAGUGUGGCUUUCUAGAACCCUGCUGGCCUCUCCCGCUGGUCGCUUGGUGCCACCCGCCCUCCUCCCCUGUCCACCUUGGCUCAGGAGAGAAAUAGGGCCGUCCUGCUGUCCGUAGGCACCGUCGAGCUGGUGUGUCCUACUAAAUCGAAUGCCAGUGCUCACGGCUCACAAAACGGCUUAAUAUUCUGGCUCAGCCCCACUGCUUCCAGGCCGGGGCUAGUUUCAGAAUCGCCGUUUUGAUGGAGGUGGCUUCCCAACGGGGGAAGGAAAUAAUUAAAACAGCAUUACCGUGGUUCCUACGGAUGCAGUGACAUUAAAGAUCCACGUUGACAAAACAGCCAGGGCUGGAAGGUUCCGUGCUGACUUCAUCACACGCCUAGAAUGCCAGCGUCCUGAAAGCCGUGGAGACCAGUCGUCUGGCCCCGUUCACAGGCAGGCUUGGCGAGGGUGAUCCCUGGGGGCCCAGGGGGCUGAAAGGGGGUAGGAGUGGGGACACGGGAUUUGGAAAGCACACGACCUUGGGGUUUUCAGCCCAGACAGGCUCCGCACCGCGAAAGGGAGGAAAUUGCCCUGGAAGGCAGGGGGGCUCCGCGUUCCCAGGCGACGAGCCCUCUUCAAGCCCUGUGUGUUUCUGGUCGGAGGGUAAGAGGGAUACUAAGAUCCGGGUCAACCAUGAACAGGCACCUUGGCCUCACAGUGCUGACUGCCGAAGGCCGUGGGUCCGGCAAAAGAUGUCAUCUCUCCAAACCGGUUUUAUUCGAGUUGGAUCAGGGGGGUGGAGGUGCCUUCCACACACCUGUAAGGGGCCCUGGAGCUGUAUACACCUCAUUUGCCUCCCUCCCCCAUCCAGUGAGAAUCGGAGUUGAAAGCAUGGCCUGGACAUUUGCACAGUUGGGGGGGGAGGGGUGCAGAUGUGAGGCGGAGGGCAGGGCCACCUCUGGGGACAGUCCCCCCCCCCCCUCUGAUCAGCCCCAGUGGCCACACUGGGGCAUCUUCUUGGGGUGACUCGGGCAGCAGAAGCAACUUUCCUUAAUCCCGGAAAGUUCUAGAACCCUUCCUCAAGUGACCCACAUUUUCAGUGAAUUGUGUUUCCACGAAGGAGGCCCCUCCACAGGAACUAAGGAAAAGCCAGCUCAUUUGCGCCCGAGCGGCGAUGGCUCAGGGUCUCCGGGGCCCGAGUGCGGGGUCGGGCGGGGGUGGUGAGCUGGUCACCUUUGAUCCUCCUCCGAGUGGCUUUUGUUCGCGUCCUCCGCUGGCCACGGGGAAGCCGCCUGCAGCUUCGUUCCCCUUGUGACAGCCGCGGGGUCUCCUGUAGGCCGAGCCCCGUGUGCCCCAGUGUCCUAACUGCAUGUGACAGAGAGCUGUGUUUUAAAGGAACCAGAUGCUUUCUUCAGCCCCUUCGUGUGCCGGUGUUUCACAGCCUUUUUAAUUGUUUGAAGCCGUGUCUGUUUUGGGUUUCUGGAUAUUCAAGAAAAGCCGCUAAAACCCUGGCUGUGCUGUUGUGCUGCCCGCCUGGCUGGCCGCGGGAAACUGAGGCUUUUCCUGAGUGCGGCUGGCCAGCACCCUCUAUGCAAACCUGAUCUGUCCUAAGCCGGAGACUCGGUCAGGAGGGUGCCAGGAAGUGCCAACAGUGUGCUGUUAUUUAUUCCAAUAAAGAACUCGAGAGCGUGGGGC